GACACUCAGAAACAAGAAACACCUGCGAAAGUACCAAGGCAAUAGACAGAACAGCAACGACACCAUGGCAGGAGGUACUACAGUCCGCGACGUCAAGGCAGACACAUUCAUCAACGCCUACGCAGCCUUCCUCAAGCGUUCAGGAAAGCUCGAAGUCCCUACCUGGGUCGACACCGUCAAGACUGGAACAGCAAAGGAACUUGCUCCUUACAACCCAGACUGGUAUUAUGUCCGUGCAGCAGCUGUAGCGAGGCACAUUUACCUUCGCAAGAGCGUCGGUGUUGGCGCUCUCAAGAAACUCCACGGAACUGCCAUCAACCGUGGUAACAGACCUUCUCACCACCGCGACUGCUCUGGCAGUGUUCAGCGUAAAGUGGUACAAUCACUUGAGAAGCUCGGUGUGUUGGAGCAAUCUGACAAUGGUGGCAGGAAGAUCACGGAGCAGGGACAGCGUGAUUUGGACCGUAUCGCUACAUCUCUCAUGGCUGAUGACGAGUAAACUGGCUCUUGUUCUUGCAACAAGCAGUUUAUCUCUCUCAGGCUUGUCGGACUGAGCCCUUUUUCGCGGCAAGUCUGAUCUUUUUGCAUACCAGGUGUCUUCAUGAUACCACUUGGGUCUCUCUCUGUCGUGUACUCAUGAACGGAAAGGCCUCAUAGCAUAUCCAUAAACAACUGAUGUGCUCCCCAUUCCUUCUUUCUCUGAUGAUCAUUUUGUGAUGACCAGCUUGACCUAGACGACAACAUCUUGCGCGACGUCACUACUCCUCCACAUACUCCAAUUCUACAAUCAGCAUGCAUUCAUGAAGCUCAUUAGGAAGAACCUCGAGAAGGAUGGCAGCGGCGGGAUGACGC